CGGCUCCUUCACAACCCCAUUGGCUACCUGGCCUGCCACGUCUUCGAAGAGACCAAUAAGGGGCGGCGGCGUUCGACGGCGGCCUGCGAUUGGCGAGCUCGGCCCUGGGGGCCCGGUGCGUCCCCCCGGAGGCUCGAGCGCGCUCCGCCUCAGCCUGGCUGGCGGUUUAAAGAUGGCGGCGGCAGGGCUCGUGCCCCGCGGCCCCUGACGGACUGACGGAACGACCGGAGGACGGGCUGACGAGAGGAAGGAGCGAGGCUGCGGCGUGAGUGGCAGCGGAGCGGCUUAGGUUCAGGUUGGAUGAAGAAAAGGCACUUAAGGAUUGAAGAACUGCUCCUCCACCUAAGUCUUCAGCUGUUUAAGCUGGAUGCAUUGUGAUUUCCAAUAAUUGAGACAGUGAUUCUAAAAGCUGUCUACAUUAAUGAAAAGAACAAUGUAGUCAGCUUAGCUAAGUCAUCAGUGUUGCCUAUUGACUAAUUUGAUGGAUUUUUGCAUGUUAGGAGAAUAGAUUGAUAUAACUUUUAAGUUUUAUUCUUUUAAAGUGGUCAUUUUAAGAGUAUUUAAGAUAUGGAGACAUUGGAAAGCAUAGCUCCUCUCCAACAAGAGGUGACAAGAGAAUUGAUUGUGGAAAACCACCUUUAUCUCCCGCCACUGCCUCCUAGCGAAGAGCCUCCACCACCUCCCCUGCAAACGUCCAGUGACGCAGACGUAAUGGACGUUGGCUCUGGUGGUGCUGGACAGUCAGAUACCCCAGCUGGGGAUGUGGACGCCCACUUCGGACCCCAGCUUCUCACCAAAGGAUCUGCUCCUUACAAAAGCCGCCUCUGCAUAGAUCCCGACAACUGCGACUUAAGCCCAAGAACAGCUCGCCAUGCCCCUUUAGUUCGAAAAUUCAUCCCCGAUCUUAGGUUGCUUAAGGAUGUCAAGAUUAGCGUAAGCUUUACAGAAAGCUGCAAAAGCAAAGACAGAAAGGUUCUCUAUACUGGAGCUGAGACGGAUGAUAAGGCCGAGGCAGCUUUUAGUAUAAAUGAUGUCAAAGGAGAUUUUCAUGUAUGUCCUUUUGAUGGUAGCCAUGGGAACAUAGUAGGAGUAGUGGGUGAAAGUGUAGAUAAGAGGGAUGAGGAGAAUGAGAUUGAUCAGGAAAAGAGAGUGGAGUAUGCAGUGCUGGAUGAGUUAGAAGAUUUUACUGACAAUAUGGAAAUAGAGGAAGAAACAGGAAGGUUCACAGCUAAAGCAAUUUCUCAACGAGAUAAAGUGGACGAAGACACCUUGAAUUUCUCCUAUGAGGAUGAUUUUGACAAUGAUGUGGAUGCGCUGCUAGAAGAGGGUCUUUGUGCCCCCAAAAAGAGGAAAAUCGAAGAGAAAUAUGGAGGAGAGAGCGAUCACUUGUCUGAUGGAGAGACCACCGUGCAGCCCAUGAUGACCAAAAUAAAGACUGUUCUUAAAAGCCGUGGCCGCCCACCUACAGAACCGUUACCUGAUGGAUGGAUCAUGACAUUCCAUAACUCUGGAAUUCCUGUCUAUCUGCAUAGAGAAUCUAGAGUUGUUACCUGGUCCAGACCAUACUUCUUAGGAACAGGAAGCAUAAGGAAACAUGAUCCUCCCCUGAGCAGCAUUCCUUGUCUGCAUUAUAAGAAAAUGAAGGACAACGAGGAACGAGAACUCAGCAAUGACAUCACCCCGAUUGGAGAUGCCUCCCCGAUCAAGUCCAUGGAGAAGUCUUCAGAACUGGACAGCCAGACUGAGGAACCAGACUCCACGGCAGUGGAUUCGGGGUCCCUUGAUGAGAAAGAACCUCUCGGGGGGGAUACGGCCCAAGGAGCUUUAGGACAAGUGAAGGCCAAAGUGGAAGUGUGUAAAGAUGAAUCCGUUGAUCUUGAGGACUUUCGAAACUAUCUAGAAAAACGCUUUGAUUUUGAGCAAGUUACUGUGAAAAAGUUCAGAACUUGGGCAGAAAGACGCCAGUUCAACCGUGAAAUGAAGCGUAAGCAGGCGGAAUCUGAAAGGCCUAUCUUGCCGGCCAACCAGAAACUCAUUACUUUGUCUGUGCACGAUGCGCCUACAAAGAAAGAAUUCGUUAUUAAUCCCAAUGGGAAGUCAGAAGUCUGCAUCCUACACGAAUACAUGCAGCGAGUCCUCAAGGUUCGCCCUGUUUACACUUUCUUUGAAUGUGAGAACCCAAGUGAGCCUUUUGGAGCCUCAGUGACUAUUGAUGGAGUGACCUAUGGGGCUGGAACUGCAAGCAGCAAAAAGCUUGCAAAGAACAAAGCUGCCCGAGCCACACUGGAAAUUCUCAUCCCUGACUUUGUUAAGCAGACCUCUGACGAGAAACCCAAAGACAGCGAGGAACUAGAGUAUUUUAACCAUAUCAGUAUUGAAGAUUCACGUGUCUAUGAAUUGACCAGUAAGGCAGGACUUUUGUCACCAUAUCAGAUUCUCCACGAGUGCCUUAAAAGAAACCACGGAAUGGGUGACACAACCAUCAAGUUUGAAGUAAUCCCUGGGAAAAACCAGAAGAGUGAAUAUGUGAUGACUUGUGGGAAGCACACUGUCCGAGGCUGGUGUAAAAAUAAAAGAGUUGGGAAACAGUUAGCCUCUCAGAAAAUCCUUCAACUUCUACACCCACACGUCAAAAAUUGGGGCUCUUUAUUGCGCAUGUAUGGCCGGGAGAGCAACAAGAUGGUGAAACAGGAAAUGUCAGAUAAAAGUGUGAUUGAACUUCAGCAGUACGCCAAAAAGAACAAGCCAAAUCUACACAUUCUGAACAAACUGCAGGAAGAGAUGAAAAAGCUGGCGCAGGAGAGGGAGGAAACCCGGAAGAAGCCCAAGAUGACCAUAGUUGAGUCAGCUCAGCCCGGCAGUGAGCCUCUGUGCACAGUCGAUGUGUAACCAGCAGCCCGAGUGGGGAGCAGUGAGACAAGCGGCCUGUGGCCCCUGGGAGCCGCGCUCAGCAGGCUGCUCUUCAGAGAUGCGUCCUUCAGUUUCUGCCCCGUCGGGCCCCUGUCAUUCAUCCCCAACUUGUUACCUCUUAGGAGUCAUGUUUAAAUGAUUGAUCACAAAGGGAAAAAAAGGGCUCUUUGGGGGGCCAUUAAGCAGAGAUGCUAACAAACCACCCUUCACUACAGACCGUCAUCCAGUGUCUGCAUUGGAUGGGUGUUUCCGGAUCAGAUUCAGAGUAUGUACAGUUUGGAGCAGAUAUAUUAGAUAUAUGAAGAGAUACGGGCUUCUGUGUAUGUGCCUCAAACUAUUUUUAUGGAAGGUUUAGUUGCAUUUCAGCUUGUAACAGUUUGCACUGGGAGAGGCCCUUUGGUGCCCAAGAAAAGGACUGAGCGGUUAGGAGCCGUGUUCCACUAUCAGCUUGAGCCCAUCCCUGCUGGAGGCCUGACUUGGGAAGCAGGACCAGGUCACGUUUUUAAAUUCCCAAACCAAAAUGAUUCAUAAUAGGAGUGAGUGACAGGUUUGAUUCUCCCCCACCCUCCACUCUGACCCUUUAAAAAAAAAAAAAACUAUUGGGGAACAGCUGUGAUGAGUAAUUAAUUGUAGCGGUGAAACUCCUUGGCCCUUUGGGCACCAAAGCCAGUUUUUGGCUCUUGGAGGAUAAACUUUUAACUGAAGACGAUUAUUCUUUUAACUGAAAUUUUCUGCCAGUGCGUAACAGUUACAAACUGAAGCCGUGAUUGGCUGAUUUUAAUGGGUUUACUGCCUUGAGUGCAUUUUUAUUUGUUUUUUACCCAAGUCUUAAAACCCUUAAAAAGAGACUUUUUUUAAAAUACCAAGACUCCCUUCUCUCCCUCUUUUCCUUGGUUGGCACCCAGCAAAAUGUUUUUAAGAAAUUGAUUUUUCUCGGUGUGUGACUGGCUAUGGAGUUGUGCUGUGAUGCUUUGAUGAGAUUUUUGUAGCAGUCUUAAAUAGCAGCUUUGGCCUUGAUGUGUGUGGUGUGUUAAUGAUGAUGAACUAAGGCAUUUGGGGGUGUGGGACUGGAUAAGGGCUAGCCAGAGGUGGUCCGGUACGCUUGGACGUCCUGCCAAGAGCACGAGGUGGGCUGUGCCUCUAGGCUGUCUGUUGGCUCUUGGGCUAGCCUCCUGCACCUGCCUUCGGGUCCCAUUGGCUUCUUGUCAAGCAGUGGAGAUGGUCCACGAAUCCCGUCAUCCCCCUCGUGUUCCCUGGUUGUGGUGCUUGUCUUUCCAAGAGCAAGGGACAGGUGAAAGAGCCUGCCCUCUCCAUGUGGGAGAGGUGGGGCUGCCCCAGAUGUCAUGGUGUGAGGAUCUUUUCCCCGUAGUCGUGCAGUGUCCUGGUUCCGAGGGGCUAUGGGGGCCUUCUUGGCUGUGGGGAGGACGAGUCCUUCCAGGACUUAGAAGAAAACUUGUGCUCGUUCAGUGGUAUGGUCAGUGUGAAGUCUGAAGAAUUGCUGUCUGUUUUUCUGUGUAGAAAAGGAGAAAGGAAGGUGAGAUUCCUCAUCCCUCCUCUUAGUAGAGCUUUAAUGCGGGGGGAAGGCAGCAGGCUCUGGGAGAGACUCCUUGGUGGGUCAGACGAUCAGAGCUCUGGCAAGGGCUGACCUCCUUUGCCUCUGGGUGGCACGUCCACCCCACCACCCCAGGACAGGCCAAGUGCCCGUUAGAUUUGUGCCCCCAUUCCCUCCCCUUCCUGUAUCUCCCACCCACACUUUUGUUGCAGAUUCCGACCUGCCCCAGAAGUCUCACGCCUUGGAAACAGGCAAAAAUCACCAACGCCAUAUUGUUCUCCAGCUGGCCCUCCAUUUUAAUCAUCCCUCGGCCCUGGCUCUGAAUUAUGUAAAGGUGACUUUUGCCCUUAGCGAGAGCGGGCAGAGACUCAGUGACCCAAAGCUCUGUCCAUAUUUGGCGUUGCUGCCAGCACAGCCUCAGACUCCCCUCAGGGUGGAUUCAAGGGUCACAGUCUCCCCCUUAGCAAGGAGGGGGGCUGCUGGGCUGGCGGCUUUUGGCGAGGUUGCUCCCUCGGUCUUUGUCACCCACAUGAUGAGCGCUUGACUGUGGGUGUCUGUGCCAGGACCCAUCUGUGGACUCUCCGCCUGGAACAAACGUCCGGAGGAAGCCCUCGCCCUCCUCACUUUGGCCUGGGUGUGCGUCCUGGGGCGGGGGGUUCUUGAGGUACCGUGUCAAUAAAGUGGGACCAUCCUCUCUGCUUGUUUGCUUCUGUACGCGCCAGCUCGGGGAUAAAAUACAAAUCCCUGUCCUCCCAGAUCGUAAAGUCAGUCAGGGAAGGACUACAUUGGCUUUGAAAGUAAGUUCAUGGGAUUGAAAGUGGGCAAGGGAAAGAGAAUUCUCCUAACCUCACCCUUGAACACCUAUUAACUUGUCCUUUGAGGACCUGGGCUUUCAGAAGCAGGGACGGGUGCCGCCUUUCUCUGAUUCUGUGGGCUGUGGACUCCCACCAUGUGGCCCCCAGGUUUAUCUUAGGACGUUACCUGCCCCAAACUCCCAGCUCAUGUGCUUAUGAGGCGCUCUUCUCUGUCAAGGGAAUUCCUUGUGUGCCUAGUGUCAGAAGGGUGGCCCAGCCAUGGGGCACUGGGCACUUGGGCAUUUCCCAAGCACCUCCAAGCUUCUGUGGUAACACAUCUGUUACCUUGGGGCCCCUAGGUCUGAGAGCCGCCAGCUGCCUCUGGGGUGAAAUCAAGAUGAGACCAGGGGGGCACAUUGCCUAGAAUUGGGCAGGGGAGAAGUAGGAGCCCUGGUGGGGCACAACCCCCUGGCAGGACUGGGGGCUAAAAUGACAAGUGGCAUUUGUGUAGGGGAGAAGACCCGGCUAGGCCCUGGGCCAGACCUCUCUGAGCCUCUGUUCCUUCAGCUGUAAAACUGAAGAGGGGGUAGAACCCUGUCUAUCCUCUGAGGCCCCACAUGAGCUGGCCCAUUGCAGGUUGCAUUUAUUCUUAGAAUGCAGGAGCUGCACUGGGUCCUGAGAGACCUAGGGGGUUUUCAAGUGACUCUAUCCCAGUGGAAGUGAUGGGGACCCCAAAAUGACUCUUCCAAUAAAAGCCAGCUCUCUGUCAAUGGAACUCCUAGCAUUGAUUGCUCGCUUCCAGGAUCUCUUCUCAGCUUGGGUGCUGUGGGCCUUCCCCUCUUCAGGGACCCAAGUGGGUAGCUACUUUGUGGAGGCGGUCCAGCUCCUGGCCUGGAGGUAUGUGAGCUGAGUUGGGCCCAAAGAGAUGGAGGAACCUUAUCUUGAUGGCUCUGUGUUGUCCUCUGUUGUGUGUAGGGAUAGUGCUGGUGCCGGCUUUGGUAGUAGUUUGUGCCCUUGGGGACUAAGCGGGGGCACAUCGGCCCUUCAGAUGAAUCAGGACAGAAGGGAAGUCUCUUGUCUAGUCCGUUUGGCACUUUUUACCCAGGAAGAAGCAAAUGCACAGAAGUGAAGGGGUGGGGGGGGUCUCUCAAGGUGGGAUAGAGCAUUGGACUAAUAGUUGGGCAGACCCAAACUCAAAGCCGGCCUUAGACAUAGUUUUGGACCCUGAGCAGGCCACUUCCCUGCUGCAGCCUCCGGUCUAAGGCUGCUUUGAGGAUCAGGUGUGAGUCACAAACCUGAACCUUGGGUGUCCCACUUUAUUUGACGCUGGCUUUUGUGAAAGGUCCCGUGGCUCUGGAGGGCUCCCCUGUUGCCUCCUGCCUUCAGAAGCAUGUUCAGUCCUGCUUGACCUGACACCCCUGAUUUAGCAAAAGCCUAGCUGGGAUUUAGUCUCCUUUGCUGAGAAUUCAUCUGUUAUAUCCCCCCACUAAGUGGGUGUUCCCCAACACUGUCUUGGGUUUCUGUUCUCUGUUCUAGAUCUCAACCAACUCAGCACUCUCCAUGGGUUGUUUUUAUGCAGAUGGACUUCUAAGUUUCUAUAUCCAGCCUUCGGCUCUCUCCUUGAAUUGGGUAUUCUACAGCUUCCUUAAAUUCAGCAUUUCCAAAGUGGAACUCAUGGCCCAUAUCCACCCCCCCCCCCCUUAAAAUUUGCUCUUACUGGUGUCUCCAGGUUUGAGCCCUGUUCUAGGACUCCUCCCUGCACAUCCAAUCCACAUCCUCCUGAUCCUCUCUCAGGCCCCUUCUCCCGGCACAUAGUUCUCACCCUAAUUAAGGACCAAAUCUAGCAGGUACUAUUAGGAUAACAUUCUGGUUGGUCUCUUUGCCUCAAGCUCUCCCCGCUUGAACCUCCACACUUUCCACAUGGGGUUCUUAGUACCAUUUCUUGGGAAAUUUUCUGUUUUUAUGGAUUCCAAAUUCCAAGAAAAAUCAGUUGAGAAAUUGGGGGAAAGUAUUGGUUUGUGAGAAGUAAAGGUUAGUGCUCAACAUUGAGUUAAAGGCGUCUGCGGACAGUGUGGAAAGCAAGAGCAGGGUGCACUGACAUAAGAGGUGAAAGUUAAGAUGGAUAGGUCCAGGGUAGGAGUUUCAAGAAGAGAGCUCAGUCAUAACUGUUGACUUUAAGUCUGUGUUCAUGGCCGUGUCUGCUGGUAACAGUGAGUCAUUCUUGGAAAUCAGUGUUAUUAAGUUUCUAUACAUGGUAUACUGUAUCCAAGUCCUUUGAGCGGUGUUCCAAGAUGCAAAAGAAGUCCCUAAUUGAUGAUCUUGCUUCAUGCUCUUAUGUAGUGGUUUACCUUGUAGGAGAGCUGAAUGGUAGCAUUUGAAUAAUAAUAUUUGCUGGCAUUUUUCAAUAUUUUCCAAAUAUUUCCAUAUUUGAAUAUCUGCUAUAGACUAGAAUUCUUUGUAAGUACUACAAAAUUUAAUGUUUAUUUAUUAAACACCAUUUUUUUUUACUUCCCUCCCUUUUUACUUUUUUCCAAUUGCAUGUAAAGAUAAGUUUCCAACAUUAACUUUUAUAAGAUUUUGAUUUCCAAAUUUUUCCCCUUCCCGAAACAGCAGUCAAUCUGAUAGAGGUUUUACAUGUGCAGUUACAUUAAACAUAUUUACACAUUAGUCAUGAAGUGAAAGAAGAAUCAGUACAAAAGGGAAAAAACCACAAGAAAAAAAAAAACAAAAGUCAAAAUAGUAUGCUUCAAUCUGCAUUCAGAUGCUAUGUAUUUCUUUCUCGAAUGUGGAUAGCAUUUUCUAUCAUGAAUCUUUUAGAAUUAUCUUAGAUCAUUGUAUUGCUAAGUCAUAGCUUCACUUAGUAUCAGUUCAGGUUGUUCUGAAAUCUGCCUGCUCAUCAUUUCUUAUGGAACCAGUGAUAUUCCAUUACAUUCAUUUACCAUAAUAUGUUCAGCCAUUCCCCAAUUGAUGGGCAUCCUCUCAAUUUUUCGUUUGCACAAAAGGAGCUGAUAAAAACCUUUUUGUAAAUGUGGGACCUUUCCCCCUUUUUAUGAUGUCUUUAGCAUAUAGACCUGGUAGUGUUAUUUCUGAAUCAAUAGGGAUGCACUGUUUUAUAGCCUUUGGCCCUAGUUCCAAAUUAUUCUCCAAAAUGGUUCACAACUCCACCAACAGUGCAUUAGUGUUCAAAUUUUCCCACUUCUCCAACAUAAUUUUCCUUUAUUGUCAUAUUUGUUAAUCUGGUAGGUUGUUUUAGUUUCAUUUCUCUAAUCAAUAGUGAUUUGGAGCUUUUUACAUAAUGUCUAGAUAGGUUUAAUUUUAUCUUUGUUCAUAUCCUUUGACUACUUUUAUCAAUUGGGGAAUAACAUAAUAAGUUUGACUCAGUUUUCUAUACAUUUAAAAAUGAGGCCUUUUUCAGAAACCCUUGGUAUAAAAAUUAUUUCCCAGCUUUCUGCUUUCCUUUUAAUUUUGGUUGCAGUGACUUUUUAAAAUUUAAUGUAAUCGAAAUUAUCCAUUUUGCCUUUCAUAAUGUUCUUUUAUCUCCCUUCUCUAUAGAUUUGACAGGUAAACUAUUCCUUUCCUAAUUUGCUCAUGGUAUCACUCUUUCUGUCUAAAUCAUGUAUUCUUUUUGACCUCAUCUUGGUAUAUUGUAUGAGAUGUUGUAUUCCUAAUUUCUGCCAUACUAUUUUCCAGUGUUUCCAGCAGUUUUUGUCAAACAGUUUUUAUCCCAGAAGCUGGAAUCUUUGUGUUUAUCAAACAGUAGAUCAUAAUCAUUGACAAUUAAACACAAUUUUCAAGAUCCAUUAAAAGAA